AUGGAUCCAUAUGUGUCACUCGUCCAAGAUAGUAAGGAGCCUCUGCUUGAUGAUCCAAAGCAAUAUAGGAGAUUGGUGGGAAGGAUGAUGUAUUUGACAAUAACCAUACCCGAUAUUACUUAUGCGGUGAACAGGUUAUAUCAGUUUACUGCUGCUCCUAAAUCUUCUCAUUUACAAGCUGCAUACAAAGUAUUACACUAUUUGAAGGGAAGCAUUGGUCUGGGCUUGUUCUAUUCUGCUACUGCAGAUCUUACUUUAACAACUUUCACAAAUGCUGACUGGGGUUCUUGUAAGGAUUCUAGACGCUCAACCACUGGAUUUUGCAUGUUCCUUGGAACCUCUUUGAUCUCUUGGAAGUCCAAGAAGCAAAGCAUUGUCUCCAUGUCUUCAUCUGAAUCCGAAUACCGUGCAAUGGGGGUUGGCGUCAAAGAGAUUCAAUGGUUAGUGAAUCUACUGACUGAACUGCAGGUACCUCAAGCUAAAGCAGUUGCUUUCUUUUGCGAUAACACAGCUGCAAUUCACAUUACAAAUAAUGCUGUCUUUCACAAAAGAACCAAGCAUCUGGAGAUGGAUUGUCACAAAGUCAGAAAAGCAGUCACUAAUGGUCUUGUGAAGACGCUCCAUGUCAAGACGGAUCAACAACUGGCUGACGUCCUGACUAAAGCCGUAAAGCCUGGACAGUUUCAUUCUCUUAUUGGCAAGAUGGGUUUGAAUUCAAUCUACAUGCCAUCUUGA